UCAUGCUGCUGCCAGGUCCAGAGUCUCUCAUGGGUCCCUGUACGGCCUCCCAUUGCUGCUGUCUCCAUCGCCACACUCUGCCAUGUGCCACUUUCAGGUCUCCUCACACUGCUGGUGUGUUCCAUUUUUUGUCAUAGGGUGCUGGCAGAUUACGGGCCUCCCAUAGCUGCUGCCAGGCCCCUAAUCUGCCAUGGGCCCCUAUACCGCCUCCUCAUGCUGCUGCCAAGUCCAGAGUCUGUCAUGGUUCCCUGUAUGGCCUCCCAUUGCUGCUGUCUCCAUCGCCACUCUCUGCCAUGUGCCACUUUCAGGUCUCCUCACACUGCUGGUGUGUUGAAUUUUUUG